GGGAACAGUUGAGGCCAUGUGGCGAGGAACAGCUGAGGCAGCAUUUGGCUCGCCAGGAAUGCGAUAGAUGACCUGAGAGCAGGACUUUUAUGGAAACUCACAGCCUGUGAGCAACUCCAGCCAAACGGCUUCCAGUCUGAUGAGAGCAACAGGAGCAGCAGCAGCAGCAGCACAGACUGGGAGAACAAGCACCCUGCUCAGCUGUACAGCCGGGAAUAAGGGGGCACCUCAGGAUUACUCCAUUCUGCACAGGACAGAGCGAGGUCAAGCACUAAAGAAAUAAAUAUUUACAGGGUAAAGAAAGGGAAGGGAUAUCAAUCAUGAAUGACGUGGCUCAAAAGACAGAGAUUCUGCUUUCCACAUCUAAGCCUGUCCAAAAAACCUACGUACCUAAACUUGGCAAGGGGGAUGUAAAGAAUAAAUUUGAAGCCAUGCAUAAAGCAAGGGAGGAGAGGAGCCAGAGAAGAUCCACAGACGAAAGACAACGAAGAAAGGAGCAAUAUACCAGGGAGAAGAUUUGGAACAAAAGAAAGCAAGAGAUGAAAGAACUGCUUGCUUCCGAUGAUGAAGAAGAGGAAAAUAAGCCAAAACAAGUAGAAAAGGGUUAUGUCCCAAAAUUACAAGGAACAGUAAAAGGAAAAUUUGCUGAAAUGGAAAAACAGAGACAUGAAGAAGAAAGAAAAAGAAUGGAGGAGGAAAGGAAAAGGAGGCUGGAGCAGGAUCAGAAGGAAAGACGUAAAAUAGAACGUGAGCUGGCAAAGAAAGCAGAAGAGAUUGAUGACAUAAACUUUACUGGAAGUGACUCGGACAUGGAGGAAGGUGUUGAGGAAGUAGCUGUACCAGACAUAUCACUUAAGUCAAAAAUGUCACCAGGGAAAAUAAAUGUAAAUUUUGAAGAUCUAGAAAAGAAAAGGGAGGAAGAAGAAAAGAAAAACCGUGACGAAGACAAAAAAAGACGAUUUGAAGAGCAUAGGAGGUCAUUCAGGGAAGCUAAGAGGCGUUCCUCAACUAUGGAUGACUCUGAGACUCAAGAUAAGAAAACCAAAGAGCAAAUAACACCUGGCAAGCUAAAGUUAACCUUUGAAGAUCUGGAAAAGCAGAGACAAGAGCAACAGAAGAAGCAAGCUGAAGAAGAAGCACGCCUCCGUUUAGAAGAGGAAAGGCGUCAAUUUGAAAAUGAAAGACAACAUAUGGUUAAUGAGGAGGAAUGCGAUACCCAAAUGAGUGCUCAUAAAGAAGAAUCCCGCCCAGGAAAACUAAAAUUGAGUUUUGAAGAACUGGAAAAGCAGAGGAAGGACGAGGAAAAAAGAAAAGCUGAGGAAGAAGCAAGGAGGAAGAUAGAAGAAGAAAAGAGGGCAUUUGCUGAAGCAAGAAGGAAUAUGGCUAUGCAAGAGGAUGAAGAAGAGUCAUUAGUUGAAGCAACCAAAGAUACCUUUCAACCUGGAAAACUGAAACUGAGUUUUGAAGAACUGGAAAAGCAGCGCCGAGAUGCUGAGCACAGAAGAGCUGAAGAAGAGGCAAGAAAGCGUUUGGAGGAGGAAAAGAAACAGUUUGCAGAGGCUAGAAAAAACAUGGAGCCUGACGAGGAAAACAUCAAUCUGUGUAAAGCAUUUUCACAAGAGUCUAUAGCUCCGGGUAAACUGGAUAUUAAUUUUGAGGAGCUUCUCAAGCAUAAAAUGGAUGAAGAGAAAAGACUAAAGGAGGAAGAGCGCAAACAAAAACUGGAAGAAGAAAAACAAAUAUUUGCACAAUUAAAAGAAGAAAUGGGAGAGGAUGAAGUAAAUGAAAGUUCUGGGGCUUUAAGUACGGAAUACGAGGAACUAAUAAAACUGAAGAGGACUGGCUCUAUCCAGGCUAAAAAUCUGAAAAGUAAAUUUGAAAAGAUUGGAAAAUUAUCUGAAGAAGAAAUACAAAAAAAGAUUGAAGAGGAAAGGUCUAAAAGAAAAGUCAUGGACCAGGAGCUGAAAGAGAGAGAAGCAGAACAUUUUCAUGAGGAUGAAGAUGUUGAUGUCAGACCAGCUAUCAAGAGUCGUGCACCAUUUUCCCACAAAGUGAACAUGAAAGCUAGAUUUGAACAAAUGGCAAAAGCUAGAGAGGAAGAAGAACUGAGGAGGAUUGAAGAACAAAAAAAUCAACGUAUGCAGUUUGAACAGAAGGAGAUUGAUGCAGCUUUGCAAAAGAAAAAAGAAGAGGAGGAGGAAGAGGAAGCUAGUGUCAACGGCGGUUCACAAUAUGAAGAUGAAGAACUUGCUCGGUCGGGUGCACCCUGGUUUAAGAAACCACUUAAAAAUAUGUCAGUUGUUGAUGGAGAACCUGUAAGGUUUACUGUUAAGAUCACUGGUGAGCCAAAACCCAGCGUUACAUGGUGGUUUGAAGGUGAAAUGCUACAGGACUGUGAAGACUAUCAGUAUAUUGAAAGAGGAGAAACCUAUUGUCUUUAUCUUCCUGAGACAUUUCCAGAGGAUGAUGGUGAAUACAUGUGUAAAGUAGUAAACAGCAGAGGCACAGCAGCUAGCAGCUGUAUUCUCAGCAUUGAAACUGAUGACUAUUAAUCUCCUGCUUUACUGGAGUUUCCCUUCUUUGACUCAUUGCAUCCAUCCUUUCUUCAGUGGGGGCCAAGUAACAAGAACACCUGCUACAUUAAUGUGGUAUUCCUGAAAAAGACAAGGGCACGGCUUUGAAUGCAUGUUUGACAGGUGGAAGCGCUCAGAAUGACAUAUUUAAGUAGCUUUGUAUUAAAGUUAUUUCACGGCUGAACUAUUUUAUAAAUAUUGUUUUUCUUUUUUCCGAAACAAGGAAACUGAAAAUAUAUGACUUAUCUUUUCUGAAAUUGAUUGUGAUGCCUUUAUUUUCAAACAGCUGUUUAAUUGCGAGAACAUUUCCAAUAAACUAUUUCGUUUUAUCUUACACUACUGUAUUUCAUACAGUGGACAUAGGAAAAAAAAUAAAUACAUUUAAAAUUUACAAAUAAAAAGACAAAAUGAGACACCAGAA